AUCAUCAACAACAAUACACUUUUAAGAGUAAAAAAGUCAUCACCAAAAGUCACAUUGAUUAAGCUAUGGAUUCUUCUCUAGAAGCUCAGGAGCCUCAAGUCGUUGAUACUACACCUGAUGCUGCUCCUUCUCUCCAAGCUGAGAAGUAUUUGUUCAAGCUGCCUGCUAAGUUAGCAGAGGCACCUGUGAUUGUUCCUUCUCCGAUAGCUGAGGAGCCUGACAACGAUGUCCCGGCGCCGGGAAACGAGUUUGCUGAGUUCGCCGCAGGUUGUUUCUGGGGAGUUCAGCUUGCUUUCCAGAGGAUCCCUGGCGUGACUGCGACUGAGGUUGGUUAUACACAGGGGAUCUCACACAAUCCGAUUUACGAGGUUGUCUGUACGAACACCACGAACCAUGUAGAGGUUGUUAGGGUUCAGUUUGAUCCCAAGGAGUGCACUUAUGAGACGCUUCUUGAUUUGUUCUGGUCUAAACAUGAUCCCACCACCUUGAAUCGUCAGGGAGAACUUGAGGGAACUCAAUACCGAUCAGGUAUAUACUACUACACACCGGAGCAAGAGAAACUAGCACGUGAGUCUCUAGAGAAACAGCAGACAAAACUUGAGAACAAGAUUGUGACCGAGAUCUUACCAGCAAAGAAGUUGUUCAAGGCUGAAGAAUAUCAUCAGGAAUUCCUCGUGAAAGGCGGGAUGUAUGGCAACGCACAAUCCCCUGCAAAGAGCUGCAAGGACCCUAUCCGAUGCUACGGCUAAUCAAACAUGCCUUUUUUCAACUUCUCCCAAAAACAAAGGGUUUAUUUACCUGUUUAUUUGUGUGUGAGUGUGUGUAUUAUUUUGUAAUUCUCAGCUCAUAUAUAAUAAAAGAUUUGGGAUCAUCUCAGAUCUUAAUUGCUUAACUUCAACUAAGAUAUAGUAUUUGUCUAUUUGAAUAAGUCAUGUGCAUUCUCUUGGAAUCCUAUGUUAUCACAGUCAUUUAUAAGUUAAAAGUGAAGUAUUUUUGAAAA